AUGGUACCAGUGUAUACCAUUAACAAUUUAACAUUUCUUUACGAUGAUGAUGUCACAUCAUCAGACCUGUUAACACCAACGAAUUUAAUGAUUGAAUCACUUCAAGAACAAGUAUGCUUAUCAUCAGUCGUAAUAAAUAACAAGUUAAACACCAUUGACCUUACCUUUCUUUUGUCCAAUUUCACAAUUGUAACCAAUUCUUCAACCAGGCGACGUCGAGCAAACACCCCCAAAAAAGGUGUUGCGAAUGGAAGAAUCGGUGCUUGUCCUUCAUCUUUACCACCUCCUUGCAUAACUCAACCACAACGAAAGCGUCGAGCACUAUCUUCUACUGCCAAUACAACUGGACAAAGUUGUAUUCUAUUUUGUACACGAAAACAAAUCCAACAAAUUCAAGCUUUAUUUGAUUCGAAUUUUACAAUAUAUGUUACAACCCAAUAUCGCGAAAACUGUAGUGUGACUGCAACGAAGAAUCAAAUUCGACCAAUGACAUUAGUUAAUUACGAUCGUGUAAUUCAGAAAGUAUAUGAUGUCAAUGACGAAAGACUUGAUUAUACAAUAUCAACAAUGCAAAUGACUAAUCGCACAAUUCAGUUUCUUAUUCCUCCUGUAACAUUGGGUGAACCAUCACAUAUUCUUACUUUACCAUCAACAUUUGCAAAUGAAGAAGAUCCAUUAAACAUCCCUUUACCAUAUGGCAAAUGUAUUCUUGCUCCAAUUCAUUAUUACGAUUCAGUGCAACCAUUAAUGAAUACAGUUAUGCCAAUCGAUUCUGACUUUGAAAAAUUAUCUUCCUAUUCAUUUUUAAAUAUGGUCAAGAAUUUAGCAGAAUAUUCUAUAUCUUGUCCGAUCUUCAAUGGUAAUAUUGUUGAUAUGUCUAAUUCAGCAGUUAAUAUUGACGAUACAUGUUCUCUCAAAGAUGACAGUGAUUUUGAUGAUCUAAAUGAAAACAGCAUUGAUAGACAAAGAUAUUGUUCAGAAUGUCCGUCAGAUUUGAACAUAUCUGAGUGGGAGUAUCAGAGUGAUAUGUAUGAUAGUUGUCAUCGAGAAUUCUUGCCAAAAAAACAAGAUGAAAUUUUCAACGACGAUCAAUUAAUGCCUGCACAAAAUAGUACAAGUUACUCAGCAUACACAAAUUCAGAACUUGAUGCAAGUGGUGGUGCAUCAGCAACCGGUACAAGUUGCGAUUAUGGAAGUGAUCUAAGUGGCAAUUUAAAUUACCUUUCAGAAAUACAAUCCGAUGGCUCAAAUGUAGUACUGGAUAAAAAUAAUCAAAAAAGAAUUGAAAAUAAAAAUAUUCGCAAUAGUCGAAAACGAACAAAAUUUACAGCAACUGAUCUAGAUCUAUUAAAUAUAGCAUUUGGGAACAAUCCUAUGCCAACACGUGCCGACAUAACAAUAUUAUCCGAAAAACUAAAUUAUCCUCGUUAUGUUAUUCAAGUAUGGUAUUAUAAUAAACGUCAGUCAUUAAAACGUACCUGUCUAUCGUCAUCAUCUCGUUUAUCUGUUCAAUCUGAUUGUUCAGAUAUUUCGUGCUAUAUGAAACAAAAAGAUAGUAGAGAUGGUCGUCAUCGAGAAAAUCGUUACGCACAAAAGCAUUUGAAUUAUAUGAAUGAAAUAAAUAAUAAAUAUUUUGAUACGACAACAUCAGAACAAGAAAUGUAUUCUCUAUCUAAUGAAAAUAUGAUGAUAAAUGAUAAAUUGUGGUUUAACAAUAAUAUGAUGCUACAAGAUUACCAUUUAGAAUAA